UCUCCAGUUUUCUCUGCUUGUAAUGUGAUUUCUGUUUACAAACAGCUAAGGAAGAAAAACGAAGAUGCUGGAUAACGUGUGGUGUGGUUGCUUGCUUCCUGGUGGCAUCCGGGAUAACAAUCAUAAUUAUGGCCAUCAAAGUUUAUGAAGGAGAUCACACACAGCAAACUGAAUCAAUUGCAGAUAAAUCCAACAAAUGCUGUCCUGAUCUGUGGGUUAAACGCAGAAAGAACUGCUACUACUUCUCUGUGAAUAAAACAACAUGGGAGAGAAGCAACUGGCAGUGUGGCUCUCAUGGAAGUCAGCUGGCUGCAGCAGAGGAUGAGGAGGAGUUGGAUUUUCUCAUUGACUACUGCAGAUCUUAUUUGAUUUUCUGGAUUGGACUCAAGAGAAACCCUAAAGAAGGCUGGAGUUGGAUUAAUGAACAGCUUUUCAAUCUCAGCUGGAAGACCCAAGUUAAAGAAGAUGGCGGAGACUGUGCCCUUGUGCGUAAGCAGUCUGUUCAAAGUAAGACCUGCAGCACAGGCUUUCAUUGGAUUUGUAAAAAGCCAUUAGAACAUUACAAUCCUUCCAACACUACAGGCGUCUGCAGAGUGCUUGGUUCAGAUGGCAGUGGCUAAAAAAACUGCCAUCCCAGAAAACUGGAAAAGAAAACAGGGAAUAGAAUAAGUUACCAAUAAUUUCAAAUGCAAGAACUAAAUGAUAUUUCUGUGCAAAUAUAAUGUAUUGCUAUUCCAACUAAAAAGGCAAAUUAAAAAAGUAAGUUUUUCAAAAAAUGUUCCAUGGUAUUAGCCUGGUGUAUCUCUGUUGGUAAGCCAUUUGAAGACCUUGGUGUCAGUGUUUAAAAAG